AAUUCCUUACUGCGCACGGUCGACAACUCUGCAUUCUGUACAGAACUGCUUUUACAUCAACCAAUAUUGUUUUGCUUGGACACGAUCUUUCAUCUUAACUAAAGAGAAAAGAUGCUGGUCCCAAUUUUUACUCUUAAGAUCAAUCAUCGAGUGAAUCCUCAUAUGGUAACAGUUGGUCGUUACAAUGGAAAACACACAGCACUGACAUGUGCUACAGCAGCAGGAAAGGUGUUGAUUCACAAUCCACACAUGAAGACUCAACAAGGGGGGAGACUGGAUUCUUCAGCAGAUAGUGAUGUCAACCUACUGAGUAUAAACCAGCAGGUCUCUUCUGUGUGUGCAGGAAGACUUAAUCCAAGCGCGACCAAUGACAUUCUAGCGGUUGGAACACAAACAAACCUUUUGGCGUAUGACGUUGAUAACAACAGUGACUUAUUUUACAAAGACACACCAGAUGGGGCCAAUGCUGUGGCCAUUGGAGAGUUGGGGGAAAUUCCAGGACCUAUGGUUAUAAUGGGAGGCAACUGCUCACUGCAGGGCUAUGACUUGGAAGGAAAUGAAAACUUCUGGACGGUAACUGGUGACAAUGUCUGUUCUUUGACACUGCUAGACUUUACAGGAAAUGGACAGAAUGAGCUGAUAGUUGGUUCUGAGGACUUUGAUAUUCGGGUUUUCAGGGAAGAUGAAAUUCUUGCUGAAAUGACUGAAACUGAGGCAAUUACUUGUCUGUGUCCAAUGAACAACACUCGAUUUGGAUAUGCUUUAGCAAAUGGUACAGUUGGCGUGUACGACCGUACAUCUAGGUACUGGAGAAUUAAGUCUAAGAAUCAAGCAUACACAAUCCAUAGUUUUGACCUCGAUUCUGAUGGGGUACCAGAGCUAAUCACUGGCUGGAGCAAUGGCAAGAUUGAUGCUAGGAGUGACAGAACUGGAGAAGUGAUAUUCAAGGAUAAUUUUACCAGUGCAGUUGCAGGAAUUGUACAGGCAGAUUACAGACUGGAUGGGUCCCAGCAGCUGUUGUGUGUUUCCACAGACGGGGAAGUGAAAGGAUACAAUCCAGCACCAAGAGAGAUGAGAGGGAAUUUGAUGGACUCCAAUCUGGAACAGGACACAAUCAGAGAAUUGGGAAUGAGAAAACAGAAUUUAAUGAUGGAGUUGAAGAAUUAUGACCAGAAUGAAAAAGCAGGAGUUGUAGCAGCUGCUGCCAUGCAAGAUGCUAUGCAGUCUGGAUCUAAAUUUUCUGCUGAGCGUCCAUUCCCUGUGGGACAGGAAUAUGACCAGGAGAAAAUGGGUGUGAUACCAGCAGCAACCCAGUUGCAGACAACUCUGACUGUAAAUCCAGGUGAUGAUACCAAAGCUCCACAUGUGGAACUUUUCAUUGGAACUACAAAUGACACAAUGGUUCGUGCAGCAUUGAUUUUUGCUGAAGGAAUCUUUGAAGGAGAGAGCCAUGUCAUACAUCCACAUCCAAAUGCGCUGUCUAACUGUGUACGAGUGCCGAUCAUCCCACCUAAAGACGUUCCUGUUGAUCUACACAUCAAAGCUUUCAUUGGUUACAAGUCAAGCAUGCAAUUCCAUGUCUUUGAGUUGACUCGACAGCUUCCAAGAUUCUCCAUGUAUGCUCCAUGUCGCAAAGACUGCCCCGAACCAAAAAGUAGCUGUACUUUUCAGAUCAACGAGAGAAUGCAAAGGGUUCUAUUAUGGAUCAACCAGAGUUUCCUCUUACAAGAUGACAUUGAUGCAGAGGGGAGUCUGAAUGUGGCAUUUAUGUCUUUGAGAGGAUCUGGACCUUUGUUUCUGAAAAUGGAACCCCAGGGUUUGAUGACAAUCAAGACGGAUGAUAUGGACUUGGCUGGAGAUGUGAUUCAGGCCCUGUGCCAGUUCUUGAACAUAGAUGACAUGCAGGUCUCUGCAGACUUCCCUGAUGAGAUGGAGAAGUUAAGAAGCAUCCUCGUCAAGGUGGAUGAGUACCAUGCUGUGCGACAGAAGCUCACUGCUGAAAUGGCUGACCAUUCCAAUCUAAUCAGGAGCAUGGUUGUGCGGGCAGAAGACGCAAGACUAAUGGGGGACAUGAAAAACAUGAGAAGAGGAUACUCUGAGCUGUACAACAUGAACCGAGACUUGAUCAAUGGCUACACGAUCCGUUGUAGCAACCAUCAGGAACUGUUGGCCUGCUUGAAACAGCUCAAUCAAGUGAUACAAAAAGCUGGCAGACUAAGAGUUGGAAAAUACAAAACUCAGGUAAUCUCUGCAUGCAGAGCGGCCAUUAAAAGUAAUAACGUCAGUGCUUUGUUUAAAAUCAUGAAAACUGGUGCAUCAUAGAAGUUCAUUCUCACUGGAAAUUGGGAGAAGUAACCAUUUCAAGUCCUCUAUGUGGGACAAACUGGCAUCACCAUGGAACCAUUGGUCGCUUAGUUGAUCCAGUCUCCUCUGUACUCAUUGUUAAAAUCCAGAAAAGUGAAUUGUGAUUUCAUUGGAAGAGUGCUGCUUUCUUAUUGUAUUAUUCAUCUACGAUUUAUUGUCAUUAAUGCUGACCAAUGAUACAUGUAUGUAUUCAUAUGACAUCUAAAGCAAAAUUAUAACAAUUUUUGCAGUCAUAUGAAUUGUUAAGUUUAUUUACUUUGAAUUGUAACAGAGAGGACUAUAUAUGAAGUUAAUUCUGUUGACAUUUGAACUAGAUGAAUAACUGAUCAAAUAUGAGUGGUUAUUUGUAUGAUGGUUCAACUUUUUUUUCUCUGCAUGCAUACACAGACAGUUUGAUAUGUAAGGUACACUCUUCCAAAACAGAGGGGUUUCUUUAGUGAUGUUUAUGAAGCAUAAUUAAUGGAAUAUUUCUUACAUGUAAUUACCAUAUAAUUUGUACAGUGAUAUGAUAUGUUUGUUUGAUUUUAUUGUUUCAAGUCAAUUCUUGUAUUUAUUUAUUUCUUCUGUACAUUGUGUAUAUACAAUUAUUAUAUACUAUUAGUAAAAUGAAAAUGUUCCACAAUUGUGCAGUAACUAAUUAAGAUGAACAAUUUUUUUUUUACAUAAUCAUUAAGUUAUUCAUUCAUAGACUCAUGGACUAUAUGAGAGGCUUUAUAAAUUAUCAUUGUUGUACAAUUAACUGUCUGACCUGCAGGUAGUUCUUUUCCUUUCAUUUACAGGAUUAUGAGUAUCGGUAUGUUAUUAAUAAUUAAUUUCACUAAAGAGUGAGAACUGAUUCUAAAUUAAAAUUUGUAAACCGUU